CACCGUACUGACUGGUCUGUGGUCACUCUUACGAACCUGGCAAAGUUUUCUGCAGACCAGGACCCGGUCCAAAGCCCAGUAUGGGUUCGGGUGCAGCGGGGUUUUGGACCCUCCGGUUCGGUUUGACGGCGGAGUCAUUCAACUUCCUGCGGGUUUGGAUCCUGUCACUGCGGCUAAAGCUAAAGCUAAAGCUAAGCUAGCCCCUCAGAGAAGACGACAUCCAGCUGAUGAUGGUUAAAGAGGAGGAUCCCAGUCUGGACCAGGACCCAGAUCCGCCCCCCAUUAAAGAGGAGCAGGAGGACCCAGGAGUUCAUCAGGAUCCAGAUCAGCUGAUCCAGUUGACGCCAGUUUCAGAUCAUCCUGCAUAUGUCCAGAAGCUGUUGAUGAUUAAAGAAGAACAACAGGCUCACAACCCAAAUGUCGACCAAGAUAAACCAGAGCUUCUGCACAUUAAAGAGAUUAAAGAGGAAGAAGAGGAACCGUGGACCAAUCAGGAGGCAGCGCCGGUUCAGGACCCGAACGAGGCCGAUAUCAUCGAGUUCCCUCUGAAGAGUGAUGAAGAUGAUGAAGAGAAACCUGAGCCGUCACCGCUUCAUCAAAGACCAACUGAGGAGAACAAACAGGAUCCAGAUGGAGGAUCAGAACCAGAUGUGGACAGAAUACACGUUCAGGAUGAAAACAGUACGACUGCCACAAACGCAGAACAUUCAGCGUCCAAGUCCAAGAGCAGAAGAAGCUUUGACAGGUGUCCUCUGGACGUGGACGCGGCAGGAGGACUGGCGUUCGCAUCCUCUACACGAGUUACAAGGUCAUCUCAGAAGACCAACAGGACUCACCACGGUCCAUGUGUAGUCGAUACACAAGACACAAACACGCACAGUCACAUGACAAACCCUGACCUCACUGUCAGAGGGGUCGGAGGUCAAAGGAAACCACGCUACUGCUCUGAGUGCGGGAAAGCAUUCGCCAGGAGAUCCAAUUUAAAAACCCACAUGAGAACUCACACAGGAGAGAAACCAUUCAGUUGUUCAGUCUGCGGUAAAAGAUUUACCCAUAAGUCAACGUUAGCUGGUCACAUGAGACUCCACACCGGAGAGAAACCAUUUGGUUGUUCAGAAUGUGGCACAAGGUUUAAUCUGAAGUCGAGCUUAGAUAUUCACAUGAGAGUCCACACAGGAGAAAAGCCUUUCAUAUGUUCCAUUUGUGGGCGGAGCUUUAGAUAUUAUGGUGCGUGCAGGAUGCAUAUGGCAACUCACACAGGAGAGAAACCAUUUGACUGUUCGGAAUGCGGUACAAAGUUUACCCGGAAGUCAAGCUUAAGUGUUCACAUGAGAAUCCACACAGGAGAAAAACCCUUCAAAUGUUCCGUUUGUAAAAAGUGUUUUAGUCGAAAAUGUUACGUCCAGAAUCACAUGAAAACCCACAUGAGCCAAGAAAUGCUGAGUUCAAGUGUUGGUGACGUUCAGUAAAACUCACACAUCCAGGAACUAGAGCUGGGUGAUGUGACGGUAAACACUGUAACUGUGGAAAUGAUUCAACUAAAGCGCUUCAACCAGUGGAUUGAUCCAGAUCACAUGUGUGUUAAUGAAUCCAACUGUUCUGAAAGACGAGCAGGUUUGGGCAGUAGCAUCAUUACACACACACACAUACACACGUUAACAGUUGAACUGUGGUGGAAAUCAAACAGCCUUUCAAUAGUUUCUCUCUUUUACUGACCAACAAACACAAAGACACAUGACGGUAACAGGACUGAACCUGGAACAGACACAGUGGUUCUCAAACUGUGGGUGUGUGGGUCUUUCCAGGGGGGUCAUGGGAUCAGUCCUGGGUGUUUUGGUUUUUUUUUUUUUGUUCUUCAGGUUGGAACAUGUAUCAGGUGGAACUAAUGUUUGAUGGUUGGAGCACCCUGAACUCAUUUUAUGGACUGACACUAAACCAAUCUACUGUCCUGGUGAUUGGACAUUUCCUAUUUUUAUUUGUAUAAAUAUUGUCUCGGAGCAGUCUGGGUGACUUUAUUUAUAUUAUUCAAACACAAAUCUACGUUAUUUUUAAUUUGAACAAAAAAUUGUUCAAGGAAAAGCAAAAAGUAUUGAUACAAUAUUGAUGUUUCUGUCAAUAAAAGUUCUAAUUGAACCACUGAUACAGUGUUGUGGGGGUUGAGGGGGGG